CAAAACAACCAACAUUGAACUUCAAGGAGUACCUAAUGAUGAAGUCCAUCCGCUACUGGGGGUGAAGGGGGAUGGCAAAUCGAAGAAGAAGCAAGCAGGCCGGCCGAAAGGAUCAAAAGGUCACAUUCUACUUUUGGAAAAACACCUCUUUUGACUCUGGAAGAUAUGUCAUCGAAAUUUAGAAUGUGAAAAUGAAGAGAAUUUAGCAGGAAGUUCAGAAAGGUUUUUAAUUAAUGUUUACCCAAAAUGGCCUCGUGGGCUGUUGACUGAAGGUCAGUGAAGGUUCUCACUUAAGCAUGAAGACAUUAGACACUGGUUUCAUCCUUGGAACACUGGCAUUUGUUUUCUCCCAACCUAUAAUAGUGACAUCCCGCCAAGUAUUGAGAAUCCCUGAAAACUUGACAUUGGCUCAUGGGAGAGUGAUCGUCAAUGCUACACCCUGCACAGUCACUUGUGGCCUGGGUUAUAAGAAGGAGAGCACCUGUGAGGUGGGCCCUGAUGGUGUCAGGAGGAAAUGUGAGACUCACCAGACUGAAUGCUUGACCAAUUGGAUUUGUGGGAUGGUCCACUUCACCGUUGCUGUUGGGAAGGAAUUUGCGCUGACCUGUCUGAGUUCAGACAUCCUCCUGUAUGGGCAUGAAGCUUUCCGUUUCACUUGGAUGUUUGCCCGUGGCAUCAUCUCCACCAACGAUGAGUUGUUUAAACCUUUUCGGCGCAACAUCCAUUCUGUGAUGCUCAAUCCUGCCCGAGAGGGUGAUUCAGGCACCUAUAAGUGUGAUGUCCAACUGCUGAAGAACUUGAGGUUUGUCAAGAGAGUCUACUUUGCACUGAGGGUCAUUCCGGCCAACUUGGUGAACCUCAACUUUGAUCGGUCCCUGACCGAGGGGCAGAAAUUAAUAGAUAAGGGGAUGGAGCUGGAUCUCGAUACACAUAUCCAUCCCCAACAGUCAUUGCUGAAUAGAAAGGUUUGGGUAGCACUGGGGAUGGGGAUUUCAGGGGGGGUAAUUGUAGCUGUGCUGAUGAGGAUAGCUGUUUACUGUUUGCUGAAAACUUCCAAAAGAGAGAUCGGGGCAGAAAUAUAAUAGUCUGGCACCAUUCCUUGAAGUCUGCAAGCCUGACAGCAAUGCUAACCUUCUUGGGAGAGACUCCUGCCUCCAACCAUGGGAUCCCCAUAGAAUCUGUGGGGAAGAGAAAUCCGAUGUGCUUUGUUUCCUGCCAAACUUGCCCUGUCUCACCCAUCUUCCCAGUUUUACAUGAGCGCUUGGGAGCCCCAGUGCCCUGUGCUCCAGGGGAAAGCCCAGAUCAUCACCAAAGUUGCUUUGGUUCUGCACCUGUUAAAAUUUGCUGUAAUUGUUUCCAGCAUUAAUGCUUCUUCCCGUUGUUAGAUGUUUGAACAGAAUGAUUGUACGUUGAUAUUUUUUUUAGCUAGAAAUUCUGUCUCCACCUUAAUAAAAA